CUCUGUUAAUCGGUUUCAAUGAUUUUGUACCAUCCGGUAACCCCGCCAGUUUUUAUUUACUGAAAUAUUAUUUAGCAAUAGCGUAAUUUAUAAAGUUAGAAGUAACUCGAAUAAUCAUGGAUGAGGUCGAUAACGCUCAAAUAAUUGUUAUUGCAGAUGACAUAUGCAGAAGAGCAGGUAUCGCAACAACCUGGAUUAGCAGCAAUAAAUUCGGAAUACAUGCAUACAAACACGUGGAUAAAUAUUCGCAAGAUACUAAAAGUCAAUUUGCACCUUGCGAUGCCAAAGUACAUUUCCUCCGUCCAGAAAUUAUAUUAUUCUCGCCACUUUUGCGUAAACUGGUUAAUGAGAGCAAUGGUAUCUUCCUGUCGGCUCAAAAACUUAAGUCUUCCUCUGGUGACAUUAGGCCAGAACUUCUUAAACAUAGCAAGCAGUAUAGAUCUAUAUUGAGAGCCUGUGUGGAAAACUUGCAAGAGAUACUGCCAAAAGAGCCGUUAUCGGAAGAAAAGACAAUGUUGGAAAAUUUUCUGACUAUAUUUUAUCAAGUAGAAUGCGUCUGGCAUUUAACAGAGAUUCUUUAUGUCGAUGCUGUACCAGGUGAUGUUGUGCUACCACAAUUGUUAGAGUGGAUCAGCUUUCAUUUUCCCUCAAGAGAGUUAGCGGCGUCAAAAAUUUUGUCGCAAAAAAGCAUCGGUGCCGAUUUAGAAAAUUCAAAUUAUUGGGAGGUUGUGAUGGGCUGUGCGUUUCAUGGUAAAUUAAAUCUAGUUUGUCGCCUCCUGGCAUUGCACAGCAAAGCGGACCAUUCAGCGUUCAUUACUGCGGACAAUAUUAUUAGAACAAUGCCAGUGUACAAUGUGUACGGCGGAUAUUCCGUAAAUGAAUUUAUUAUACGGUGGAAACAUUGGCAAAUGGAUCUUUGCUCAAAUCUCGAAACUAAUUACUUUGUUAUAGAUAGUAAUUUGGAGAUGCUUAUGAAGCUGAUAGCAGGAGACGAAUCAGUAUUGUGGGAAUAUUCCUUAUAUACAGAAGCAUGGUAUGAAUUAUUAGCAGCGAAAUUAUUUUAUUCGGCUCCUUGUUGCAAACAGCUGGAACUUUCGCGUUAUGCGAACAACAUUGCUGAGAGGUGGCAAGCUAAUAGACACUUAGAUCGUGUAAUUCUUGCCUUAAUGGAGAACGAUUUAUAUCAAGUUAUCAAAGAAAUACAAUACAUGAGUGAUAAUGGCUGGUUCGCGGCCCAUCUGAUGGAUCUAUUAUACAAAUGCGGAAAAUUAAAUAUUCUGAGCAAAGAAAAAACUAAUGUGACCGCACAACUUCACGAAUCUCUCAUAUUAGAGUAUGGUACUACUUUAAUGAGCCAUCGCUCAUUAUGGCAAUGUGGCGCGAGUUACUUGAUACAUUGUCCAAUCCAAGGUUUAGCUAGAUUAGAGAUUUUGUUGCAAUCGCUAUCAACGGGCACUGAGGCAAGAAUCAACAAAAUCAUCGACGUCGCACGGGACAAUAACAUGCCGCACGUUGUUACUAGUAUAUGCAAAAUCCAAGGGAUGAGGAGCAUAAGACAAGGAAGAUUGGGCAACGCUCUCACGUGGGCGCUCAAGGCACAUGACGGCAAUUUUACUACGUAUAUCGCAGAUCAAUUUUUAAAACAUUACGCGGAAUACGGGAAAUUAGAGUGUCGCGAUUUGUUGGAGAAUUUAGGUUCCUGCAUGUUGGCCAGCGACAGACUCACAUUUUUAGGAAAGUAUUGCGAAUUUCAUCAUAUGUAUGGAAUGGGUGAAUUUCGUGAAGCAGCGAGUCUAUUAGUAUCUCUUUUAGUUUCGAAUUUGACGCCGAAAUAUUUUUGGUCUAUUCUGCUCACCGAUGCUAUACCAUUGUUGGAAACGGAAGAUGUAAUCUUUUCUUCCAACGACUGCUACGAAUUGUUACGUUGCAUAGAAGCUCACGGCGAUGAUCCGAAAUUUCAAGAUAAGAUUUCCGUCAUACGAAUAGGCGUUGCACGAAAUCUGGCACGAGCUUUAAGUUUAGAAGGCUGCCAGGCCGAACAUUGACUUAUUCAUUCUUGUAUUCAUUCUUGUAAAAAGUGAUAUAUCAGUAUCUUUUUAUAAUAAAUUGUAAUUACAUUUAAAAUAUACAUUCUAA